AUGAAAAAUAAAUGGAGAUAUAUUGAUAAUAGACACAAAUGUUGUGAAGAAGAUUGUGUAAAUACAUAUACACCAACUGGGAAAUGUGAAAAUGGAAAUGGAUUUAUUGAGAUAAUUAAUCAUACAAAUAUUGAGUAUAAUAAAUGUGUAGAAGGGAAAGGUGAAAAUAAGUUUGCAUUUAUUGAUGCAGAGUAUAAAAUUUAUAAACCAAAAAAUGAUUGUAGUUUUGCUUCAUUAUUUUACUAUUAUGAAAUCAAAAUUAAAAAGGAAGGACCUGAUUUUUCAUCGUUUGGUUUUCGAAAUACAAAAGGAUAUAUUGUUUUGGGAAAUGAUGGUUGUAUUUAUUAUAAAUCUCUUCCAAAUACUGAAAGGAUUUCAUUUAAAAUUCCUUCAAUUUCUUUUAAUGAUGGAGAUAUUUUUGGUUGUGGAUUAGUUUUUCCGCCAACCGAAAUAUUAGGAAAACAUCCAUAUGUUUUCUUUACACAAAAUGGAAAUCAGAUUGGUAAAGCAGUAUUAUUGAAAGAAGAAAGUGAUGAUUAUUUUAAUUUAUAUUUAAGUUUAAAUUGCCUUUCUAUUGAAGCAAACUUUGGCAACGAUCUGGAUGCUAAACCAUUUUGUUUUGACGUUUCUAAACAUUUAUUUGCUGAGGAAUUUUAUAAUUGA